AUGGUAAGCACGAGACACCACCCAAAAGACUUUCCUCCACCUGCGACGCCGUCGAGCGCAAGCGACAGCACCAAAUAUGUCGUGCACUCGCCAUCUGCCCCCGCACACGCUUCUCGCAAAGGCGUCCACACUCCGUCCAUUAUCGUUUUGGCCUGGCUCAUAAUUUCCGUGCCGCUAGUCAUUUGGGAUACCGGUUAUGUGCUAUUGCGACCGCAUAGUAUGCCAGGUGGGAAGUUCCAUUCGCCUAUCUGGACCCCCUAUGCGCUGUACGGAACUAUCGACUACAUCUAUGGCUGGCCUGCCUUUGAUGCGCGGAAUGGGUUCACCGCUGCCCAGGGAUUGUUGAAUCUGUUCGAGACUGCUGCUUAUAUUCUAUACCUUGCGGUUGUCUAUUUCUACGGCACCACAGCGACUAGUUCCGGUCGCGCCUCAACAAAGAAGAUCACCAAGAGUCUACCCUGGUUCUUGUUCGAGGAGAAAGUGGUUCCGGGGCGCGUUGGAUCUCUCGCGCUUCUCAUUGCGUUUAGCAGUAGCGUCGCUACUUUCAGCAAGACGGUUCUAUAUUGGUGCAAUGAACUGUUUUCUGGAUUCGCCAAUAUUGGUCACAACAGACUGUUUGAUUUGAUUUUUUUGUGGAUUCUUCCAAACGGUUUAUGGCUCAUCUUCCCAGCGUAUAUGAUCUACGUGUUUGGAGGCGAAAUUCUGUAUGCACUGGAGACUUCGACUCCGCGACCGCUAAAAGCAGGACGUCCCAAGAGUCAGUAA